AUGCCAGAUCUUAACAAAGCAAUCGACAUUACUCGUUAUAGCUCCAUGAAGAAACUUCUUCGAACAACUGCUUAUGUAAUGAGAUUCAUCAACAUGUUAAAGAAGAUGCCACGGUGCGAGCGAACAACAAACAAACUCACAACCUCAGAAGAACUAAGCUCAGACGAAAUAAGGAAGGUGCAGCUGCUAUGGAUAAGGUCUAUUCAACAACUAUCCUUUGAAAAGGAAAUAUUAUUCCUUCUGUCAAAGAAUGUGAAUUCUUCAAUACCCAUUUAUGUUAAGCAAUUUGGGCUAUUUCUUGACGGUGAUCACGUGCUGCGGUGCCAUGGGAGACUGAAGAAUUCAUCGCUGGAUCUGGAGAGCAGAACUCCUGUAUUGCUUCCAAAGGAAUCAAGAUUUGUGCAGUUAUUAAUAUGCGAGUUUCAGCACAAUGUGAAGCACAGCGGGAUUUGUGAUACACUAACAACCAUUAGAGAGCAUUUUUGGAUAAUCCGUGGUCGAGAAGCAGUAAAGAACAUAGUCAGGAAAUGUUUCGUUUUUUGUAAAGCCGAAGGUCUUCCUUAUGGGGGAACGCUACCUCCAGAUCUUCCUGUUAGCAGAGUGUCGGAUGAUCCCCCUUUCACAAACGUAGGUUUGGACUUUGCCAGACCGUUGUUCAUACGAGAGAGUAGCGAAAGGAAUAAUUUGUCGGAUAAUCCAACAAAGUUGUAUAUUCUAUUGUUUACUUGUGCGUCUACUAGAGCCAUUAAUCUGGAGCUCACUCCUUCCUUAAGCGUUCCAGCCUUUCUCCGCGCGUUCCGCAGAUACGCUAGUCGACGAGCACUGCCAUAUCUUCUCAUAUCCGAUAAUGCUAAGACUUUCCAAGGUGCAUUUUUAGAAAUUUGCAAGUUAUGUCGUUCUGAGGAGUUGUUACGCUAUCUUGCAAACCAUCAUAUUACAUGGCAAUUUAUCGUCGAAAAGGCCCCUUGGUGGGGAGGCUUCUGGGAACGUUUGAUUCGAAGCGUGAAACAUCCGCAGCGAAAGGUAGUUGGUAGAACCAAUCUAACCUACGACGAGUUGCAUACUAUUGUGGUUGAAAUCGAGGACGUAAUAAAAGCAUGA